AUGGUAUCUCUACCAGAUGUCCAAUCCUCAAACGACCAAAUCGCCAAACUCCCAGCAGGCCUAGUCGCCGUCUUCGUGGGAGCAACAAAUGGCAUCGGCGAAGCAACCCUAAAAGAAUUCGCACGCUCAGCUAAAUCCCCUCGCGCAUACUUCGUCGGCCGCUCGCAAGAAGCUGGCAAUCGCAUCACAGCCGAAUGUCGACAACUAAACCCAGAAGGCGAAUACCUCUUCAUCAGAGCAGAUUUGAGCCUCAUUCGCAACGUCGACGAAGUAUGCCGCGAGAUCAAAAGUAAAGAGAAGGCCAUCAACUUGCUUUUCCUCAGUUGUGGGGGUGCUCGGUAUGGUUUUGAUACUCCUGAAGGUCUCCAUAUCAUGCUCGCAACACAAUACUACGCGCGCAUCAGGUUCACAAUGAAUCUUCUCCCGCAACUAAAAGCAGCGACCGCCGUCCGGCGCGUCGUGAGCGUUUUAGCAGGCGGGCACGAAGGACAAAUCUAUGAGGAUGACUUCCAAGCGAAGAAAAUGAAUAUCCUAAGUCUGCGGGGACAUGUCGUUUCAAUGACCGACAUGGCGUUCGAGAGUCUAGCCGCUCAAGCACCUGAAGUGAGCUUUAUCAAUGAUUAUCCUGGCGCAGUCAAGACGGGUCUGCAUCGGGAAGCUGAGGGGUUUCUGAUGUGGCUUCUGAUUUUGGUUGUGGCUAUCAUUGGGCCUUUGAUUCAUAUUCCUAUCAAAGAGUCCGGGGAGAGGCAUUUAUUUUUCGCAACGAGUGCCAAGUAUCCGGCACGUUUGGGGGAGGAUGCUUCUGGUGUUCCUUUGGUUGAUGGGGUUGAGGUUGCGAGGGGUAUUGACGGUGAGGUUGGGAGUGGGAUUUAUAGUAUUCAUUGGUCUGGGGCGCAUUCUGGUGAGAAGGUCGUAAGGUUGUUGGAUUCGCUUCGGGGGCAGGCGAUGGUGCGGAAGGUUUGGGAGCAUACUGUUGGUGAGUUUGAGAGGAUUACGGCGGAGACGGAGGUUAGGUGA